UGGUGUUACAGAGUAACAGUGUAACUACCAGCGGGUGCAACUGGUCUAAAAAAAUACAAACAAACAAAAAAAAAGUUUUAAAAAUGUUUUUUUUUUUUUUGGAAAAAAGACUUCAUAGAACAUUCGCGAACUCCAUGAAAAGAACUCGGCGACGGUUGGUUUGAAGUGUUUCUCUGUGGCGAAACGGCUAAAAGCAGACGUUUCUCGUUUAAAUGUGUUUGUGCGAUUGAUUUUUGUUACAUUUUAUGUUUUUUUAAUAUAUAUUUUAAAUCCUGACCAAUAAAAGUAUUCUAUCUGUUAUUCCUAUAAUUUUUGUUAAAUCCUGUAACUCUGAAAUAUCAUACAGGUUUGGUCCAUUUCCGGCUGCUCUCGUUUGUACGCGGAACAAUAGCGCCCUCAAGCGGUAAAAGUUAGGUCACGUCAUGUUUUCCCCGCACCAAAUCUGAAGAAUUAGGUUGUUUUUUUCACCCCAUACCUUUAACUCAAAAAUGGGAAAUUACUUUGACCUCAAACAGCAGAUUCGUCACCGCUCAAAUAAAACCCGGAACUAUACGAACCCGCGACCGGAAGAGAACGAAAAUAUCUACACACACAGUAAACAUUACUCCACAUCCGUUCUGUGACCGUUUUUAAAGAUUGGAAAUUUUUAUUUUGAAGUUUCCGAAUCGAACCUGUGACAUCCGGUGAACGUCGUGAUCGUGUGUUUGUAGGUGCGCGCGCGCAGUGCACUUUUCAAAAAUAACAUUAAAUAAAUUUAAACACAAUUUCUGAGGAUGUGAUUUACAGUAAAAAAAAAGGGUUCAUUCACAUUGUGUGUGUGUGUUGUACUUUGGCCACUGUCGGGGACAGACAGAGUAGGGACAAAGUUCACCGAGCACAUGUGAGGGGGAGGGAGGAAAAGAGGAGGAAGAAUGAAAAAAAAAGAGAAAAAAAAGAAAAUUGACCUUUGAAAGGAAAACAGCAGGUGGAGAGCUAAAACAAGGGGCAGCUCCGAAGUCGCACCGAGGGAAAAUGAAGUGAUAAACGCAGCUAUAAUGAGGCCCGACACUGACGGUCCGGCUGCGGUCUGGGCGCGCGCUCGUGCACAUGACAGCAGGGCUCUGUUGACCAGGCGGCCGCUCGAGGUAAGACACGGUGCGUGUCAUGGAGAGAGAGGACGAGGCCCGGCCCGGCGCUCUGACCCCCCUGCAGCAGCAGCUGAUUUGGGCUCUGCUCGAGUCCGGCCUGUCCUGGGACAUCCUGGUCCAAGCCAUGGGGGAGCUGGAGCGGGAGAGAUGUUUGUUGUCUCUUAUCUCCUCGUGUCAAUACGUCUCUCUGUACUUCCGUCUCACGUCCAACGUCUGCGAAACCGUCGCUCUCUCUCGGGGGAGCAGAAAAACAAAAAUUAAUAUAAAAAAAGAUAAACAAAAUAAAACCAAGCUUCAGUUUCAGUCACGAACUUCGAAUGAACCGAUUAUCCGGAAAUACCCGCCAUACCCGCCUCUGCCAGUAGGGCACAGCAGCACAGACCGGGAGGAUCCCUGGCACAUGGCGAAAAAGGUGAAAACCUACAUGCAGCAGCACAACCUCCCCCAGAGAGAGGUGGUGGAGUCCAUGGGUCUGAACCAGUCCCACCUCUCGCAGCACCUCAACAAAGGCACGCCCAUGAAAAACCAGAAGAGAGCUGCCCUGUACAGCUGGUAUUUCAAGAAGCGGUGCGAGAUCAGCCAGCAAUUCACCAAUGCCAAACACGGCCUGGCGUCGCUCGAAGAACAGGACAGAAAAGGACGGAGGAACCGAUUCAAGUGGGGUCCGGCGUCGCUGCAGAUCCUGUUCCAGGCCUACGAACGACAGAAGAAUCCCAGCAAAGAGGAGAGAGAAGGGCUGGUGGAAGAAUGUAACAGGGCAGAGUGUUUCCAGAGGGGAGUGUCCCCCUGUCAGCUAGCCGGACAGGGCGCCAACCUGGUGACCGAAGUCCGGGUCUACAACUGGUUCGCCAACCGCAGGAAAGAAGAGGCCUUUCGUCAGAAGCUGGCCCUCGACACGCUCUUCGGCAACCAAUCAGCUUCAUCCGUCAACCUCAACCUUCAGUCCAGCCCCGAGCACGGUGUCAAAUACAACCAGCAGAUCCUGUGUGACACCAUCGCCUCUGCCAAGGGUGGUGCUGGACGUCACGUGAUAAGUCCAGUUCAGCUGGAGCCCAGCCACACACUCCUGGAGACCCACAACCCGAAGCAGCUGUCCAGCGGCGGUCCACUGCCCCCCGUAAGCACUCCGACCUCCCUACACAACCUGUCCUGCUCCACCGCAUCCUCACAGCGGCUCAUCAUGGCGUCCCUGCCCAGUGUAAUGAGUCUGGGGGAGUCCUCGCUGCUGAUCGGUCUGGCCUCCACGCAGCCACAGACGGUCAUAAACAACGUAGGGGCCAGCUUCACCACGCUUCAGCCGAUCUCGUUUCAGCAGCAGCGUCACGGGUCUCCGCAGCAGCCAAUCGCGCAGCAGCUUCAGAGUCACAUGGGAGCCAAUCCCUUCAUGGCCACCAUGACGCAGCUGCCGUGUCACAUGUACGGCAAGUCGGACUCGCCCCAGUACCAUCCGUCCAGUCUGCUGUCCCAGGCCAUGGUCAUCACAGAUAGCAGCAGCUUGGGGACGCUGACCAGCCUCACUGCCGUCAGACAGAUUUUAACAUCAGACCCGGAAGAGCAGACAGACCAGAGUUUACCGGAAGAUUCUUUGCAUCUGCAGCCACAGACGCCUGUGCCAGGUGUCAAAUACAACCAGCAGAUCCUGUGUGACACCAUCGCCUCUGCCAAGGGUGGUGCUGGACGUCACGUGAUCAGUCCAGUUCAGCUGGAGCCCAGCCACACACUCCUGGAGACCCACAACCCGAAGCAGCUGUCCAGUGGCGGUCCACUGCCCCCCGUAAGCACUCUGACCUCCCUACACAACCUGUCCUGCUCCACCGCGUCCUCACAGGGGCUCAUCAUGGCGUCCCUGCCCAGUGUAAUGAGUCUGGGGGAGUCUUCGCUGCUGAUUGGUCUGGCCUCCACGCAGCCACAGACGGUCAUAAACAACGUAGGGGCCAGCUUCACCACGCUUCAGCCGAUCUCGUUUCAGCAGCAACUUCACGGGUCUCCGCAGCAGCCAAUCACGCAGCAACUUCAGAGUCACAUGGGAGCCAAUCCCUUCAUGGCCACCAUGACGCAGCUGCCGUGUCACAUGUACGGCAAGUCGGACUCGCCCCAGUACCAUCCGUCCAGUCUGCUGUCCCAGGCCAUGGUCAUCACAGAUAGCAGCAGCUUGGGGACGCUGACCAGCCUCACUGCCGUCAGACAGAUUUUAACAUCAGACCCGGAAGAGCAGACAGACCAGAGUUUACCGGAAGAUUCUUUGCAUCUGCAGCCACAGACGCCUGUUCCAGCCUCGUCGGAGAGUCUGGAGCUCUAUCCAUCCUCUCAGGCCUCAGACAGCCACCAGUCUCACCUCCUGUCGCCCUCACCGGCCGACAUCAGCUCCUACAUCCCUACGCAGCUGGUCUCCACUGCCCAGUAGACGGACAGGGAAUCGAACACUGCUGUAAACCUGCUUUGACCUCUGGUGACCUCUGUUCCAAACCCUCCGGAGUCGAAGGUUUUCCCCUCUACUCUCCGACUCAAAUCUCUAAAAACUGUACCGAUGAACAAGAACUCGCGUUAACGAGGAUCAGACAUGAACGACAAUCAACUGAAAAUCAACACCGACAAUGUACGUUUGAAAUGUUUUGCGAAAUUGAAAAAGUGUUCCACUGCUGUUUUUAUCUCACUUCCCUUAAAUGUAAUUUUUCUUGUUCAUAAAAUAAAAACGCACAUUCAACACCA